CGGCAACCAGCUUGAUUUGUCAAUGGCUUCUAGAUUUACGCAAAGACGCGGGAUGUCUCCCUUUUUUACAUUUUACACUUUUAUUAAGAUUUUACUUGGGCUUUCAUGUGUGAAAAUGUCAAGUUCAACUGUGUGCCCAAAUUUUAACUAUGUACCGGAUAAUACUUUUACAUAUGAAGAAACUCCUCCACUCACAGAUGGUAAAAUACACAUUGGAAAUUAUACAUGUCCAGGUUCAAAUCCAAAAUUGCACACUGAGUGUUGUAGCACACCUGGAAUGAGAGGAUGCUGCCCCAAAAUAAGAUAUUUUUAUGAAAUUGACAGAACUCUUGCGGCUAUCAUUGCCAUUACUGUGACCACUUCAGGCAUAGUUUUUACCAUUGCAAUUACCAUCUGCUGUUUCUGGUCACGAUGUCCCUUUUAUUCAGCUUGUAGAGCUGAAUAUACUCCCGAGAUUGCUACUUAUGUGAACAAAGAAUGUUCCAUUGACUUGGAUACCAUGCCUACAGAACUUUCUAAAACGAACAACAAAUUUUCUCCAGUAGUUGUUAGCAAUGGCAAUCUUCGAGAUGAUGACAAUAACGCUCUGUAAUACUGCAAGAUGAAAGAAAGAGUUCAGAAGUCACGGAGAGCUUUAAUACCUUAAGUUUUUAUUUAUUUAUUUUGUUUUGUUACUGUGAUAUAUUUUUUAAAGUAUACUUUUAUUAAUAUAUACCAUGAGGUAUAUUUUUAUUUGCAGCAUAGUAUGAUUUAUUUCAGAAUUCCUUUAGCCAAACUU